AGGGGCACCAAUCCCAGACAAUGAAAGAAUACCAUAUCAAUUCUUUACUAUCAUCGUUUCAAUACCCUCCAAAAUGCCGAAGGCCUAUACUCCCAUCAGGGUUGGUUCCAUGAACCUUGCCCAACGCAUUGCCAUGGCACCCAUGACCCGAUUCCGUGCCGAUGAUGCUCAUGUCCCCCUUCCCAUAAUGAAAGAUUACUAUCAGCAGCGUGCUGUAGUGUCUAGGAGCUUGAUCAUCACCGAAGCCACCUUUAUUUCUCCCCGAGCCGGCGGUUACGACAAUAUCCCCGGAAUCUAUAAUGACGACCAGAUUGCUAUGUGGCGAGAGGUGACCGAUGCCGUCCACGCCAAAAACUCAUACAUCGUUCUCCAGCUGUGGGCGUUGGGCCGCGCUGCAGAUCCCUCUGUCCUGGGACAUGAGCAGCUCCCAGUUGUCUCAAGCAGUGCAACUCCAAUGACGCCCGAGAAACCGGCACCGCGAUCACUGAAUGAGUCCGAGAUCCACGAAUUCAUCCAGGACUAUGCGCAGGCUGCUAAGAAUGCGAUCAAAGCCGGCUUCGACGCCGUCGAGAUUCACGGAGCAAACGGCUACUUGAUCGACCAGUUCACCCAGGACACAUGCAAUACCCGCAACGACAACUGGGGCGGAAACGUCGAGAACCGCUCCCGCUUCGCCAUCGAAGUCACGAAAGCAGUCGUUGACGCUAUCGGUGCCGAACGAACAGGAAUCCGACUCAGCCCAUGGAGCUCUUUCCAAGGAAUGCGCAUGAAAGACGCGGUUCCGCAAUUUACCCACCUCGCCAAGGAACUGGCCAAGUUCCAGCUGGCUUAUGUGCAUCUGGUUGAGUCCCGCGUCUCUGGAGGCGGAGAUGCGCCCCAGUCCGGCGAUAAGCUUGAUUUCUUCCUUCAGGCCUAUAGAAAGGCCAGCCCGGUGAUUGUGGCGGGUGGCUACACGGCGAAUAAGAUUGACGAGGCGCUCGAGAAGACGUAUGGUGAUUAUGAUGUUAUUGUUGGUAUUGGGCGGUAUUUCACUUCGAAUCCGGAUUUGAUCUAUCGGGUCAGACAGGGCAUUCCUUUGCGGCCUUAUGAGCGCGAACACUUUUGUACACCGAAGGAUCCUUGUGGGUAUAUUGAUUAUGACUUUUCUCGUGAGUGGGAGUGUUCCGAGGCGGAUGAAGGGGGCUGUCAGCCGUGAGGUGUGGACUUGUAUAUAAUUAGACCCAUAUCUUAGAGAGUAUGUAAUGUUCGAAGGUUGACCAACUCUACUUUUAGACAUCGAUCAGUUUCUCCACAAAGGUGUGGAUGAAGAUGCUUUGUUUGCAC